AUGAUUGGUUUUAUUGUCGGCAAAUCUAAAAAGGGUACUCCUGUCAUUGAAAUAGGCAAAUAUAGGUUCCGAAAGGCCAGCGGUUGUCGCCCGCCGAUGACCAGGCCUAAUCUACAAAACGACGAGGCAUGGGCGUCCACUGAUAGAAUGGGGUGGUUAUCGUUAUCAUAUGUGGAGCGGCAGUCAGGGAAAGUUGAGAGUACGAUGGAUUUGUGGAAAGUUGCUGCUUUCUCGCUGUCACGUUUCGGAAAACCUGUGAUUGAAUACGGUGGCGAGCGGUUCUACAAGAAUUCGGGUAGUAGAGGCGUAAAGCUUCUCUGGCGAUGCGUCAAAGCCAGGAGUAGAGCUUGCCGCGCCACUUUGCACACAGUCAGCAAUAGAAUUUGCCGCGUUAGCAACGAACAUUCUCAUUGA